AUGGACCCGCUCCAGACUUCCGCCGAAAAUCCUGAAAGAGAAGUCCGCGCCCUCCCGGCCGUAGACACAAGUCGAGAGGCAUGGCUCUAUGUCUUUGCCGGCUUCUCCAUGGAAAUGCUGUUCUGGGGUCCGAUGUACUCUACUGCAGUGUACUUGAAAGAGUAUGCUGCUAUGCCUCUGUUCAAAGAUGUAUCGGAGACUGAGAUCUCUCUUGUUGGAACGCUCGGACUCCUCUUUGGCUACAUCCUUUCCCUUCCCCUGCUCUACUUUUACAACGCCUAUCCACGAGCGAUGAAGCCUUCUCUGUGGUUCGGGGUGGCCUUGUAUGUAGUCUCUAUGCUCAUUGCGAGCUUUGUCAAGAGCAUGCCGCUGUUGAUCUUGUUCCAAGGUGUAGGACCUGGUAUAGCGGCGGCUUUGACAGCUUCACCGAUCAUCCGAUGGAUCCCCGAAUGGUUUGAUAAGCGGAAAGGUACAGCUGGAGGAAUCAUUUUUGCCGGAGGAGGUGUCGGAGGUGUUUACAUGCCAUUCCUGUUCGAAUUUCUCAUCGGUAAACUUGGCUACCAAUGGUCGCUCCGUAUCACCGCCAUAUCCACUGCGACCAUUGCUAGCGUUGCAGUAUUCUUCGCCAACCCGCGUAUCCCCAUCUCCUCCCGUGCCCGUAUCAACCGUAUGCCCAUGCCUCCCUUCUUCACCACCUACCUUCGGUGGGGUUUCUUGUGCACCUUCCUGUGCACCAUGUUUCAGUCUUUUGGGUACUACAAUGUCAACUUGUUCUUGCCUCGCUUCUCCGACACGCUCAAGGGCGCAGAAGGUGCUGGGCUUCUGGCGGCAUUCAACGUCAGCUGUAUCGGCUCGCAGAUCAUCUGGGGCCUUCUCACCGACCGUAUGAAACCAGCAGCGGCCAUGGCGAUCUCUUCUUCCCUCGGCGCCCUCUUCGUCCUCACCCUCUGGGGCUUUGGCGGUAACCAAGGCCUUCCCGUGCUUGCCCCCUUUGCCAUCCUCUUCGGUCUCGCGGCGGGUGGAUUCUGUUCCAUGUGGUUCCAGAACGCAGGCGACAUUGCCGGGCCCGACAAAGAGCAGCAAAGUCUGCUUUCAGCUGGUUGGAGUAUCGCAAGGGGCGUGGGAGCAGUCAUCGGCCCCACCAUCGGCUCUGCUCUCUAUCGCACCCCUUCUGUACCAGGCUCGAACCGCUGGGGAUCUGCUGGUUCCCCCGGACUUGUCGGGCUUGUAGCAGCGAGUCUGGCUGGCAGCGCGUUGGUGGUGUUGGUAUUCCGAUACGCCGAGAGUGCUGUCAAGGCACUGAGAAAGUACAGGAAUGGAGAGAUGGAACGGCGGCGGGUCGGUGACUUUGGUGUGGAACUUGUCGAACGGUCGACUUGA